AUGUCUCCAAAGGCCCCCGCCCACGAGCCCAUAGCUAUCAUUGGUAGUGGCUGCCGAUUUGCAGGUGGAGCAAACUCACCUUCUAAGCUGUGGGAUCUUCUCCAGAACCCCAAAGACAUACGCAGCAACAUUACCGACAAGAGGUUUAAUGCCAAUGGCUUCUAUCACCCAGACGGCUCACAUCAUGGACACAUGAAUGUUCUGCAGUCAUAUCUGUUGGAAGAAGACACGCGUGUUUUCGACGCCGAGUUCUUUGGUAUCAAUCCUGUUGAGGCCAAAGCCAUGAAUCUACAGCAAAGACUACUCCUAGAAGUCGUUUAUGAGUCGAUUGAAUCAGCGGGACUGAGUCUCGACCGAAUGCGAGGAAGUGAUACUGCUGUCUUUGCGGGUCUCAUGUGCGGCGAUUACGAGGCCAUGAUGCUUCGAGACCUAGACCAGGCGCCGACGCAUUUCGCUACAGGCACGUCGCGUGCCGUCAUGUCGAAUCGCGUGUCGUACUUUUUUGAUUGGCGCGGCCCAUCCGUCACAAUAGACACGGCGUGCUCGUCAAGUCUGGUCGCUGUCCACCAGGCUAUCCAGGCACUGCGGUCAGGAGACAGCCACACUGCCGUGUCAUGCGGUUCUAAUCUCAUCUUUGGGCCGGAAAUGUAUGUCAUUGAAAGCAAGCUGAAGAUGCUUUCGCCCGACAGUCUCAGCCGCAUGUGGGAUAAAGAUGCGAAUGGCUACGCGCGUGGUGAAGGCGUAACUGCCGUCGUCCUCAAAACGCUCAGCCAGGCCCUUGCAGACAAUGACAGAAUCGAAGCUGUCAUCCGUGAGACGGGUGUGAACUCGGAUGGAGCCACGCCUGGAAUCACAAUGCCUAGCGCCAGUGCGCAGCGAGAUUUGAUACAUAGCGUUUACAAGAAGGCUGGUCUUGAUCUUACAUGUCCAGAGGAUCUUCCUCAGGUCAUUGAAGCGCACGGCACUUGGACGCCAGCUGGAGAUCCCAUUGAAGCCGAAGCUCUCAGCACAGCAUUCUUCGGUAACGCAGGGAAGACAAAAACCCCAAUCUACACGGGCUCCAUUAAAACUGUACUUGGCCAUACAGAAGGCUCAGCCGGUAUCGCAGGAUUGCUGAAAGUUACGCAAGCCAUGCAGAACUCUACCAUACCGGCAAACCUUUGGUUCCGACAACUCAACCCCAAGUUGGAGCCGUACUACGGCAAUCUCCAGAUCCCUAUCCAGGCUCUCCCGUGGCCGGGAAUGUCUAAAGGACGUGGCAAGCGUGCUAGUAUCAACAACUUCGGUUUUGGAGGCACCAAUGCACAUGCCAUUGUGGAAAGCUAUGAGCCAGAGGAACAAAAGACGAUUGAGGAGACACCCGCUGCUGCUUCGGUAUCAACACCGUUUGUCUUCUCGGCUGCUUCGGCAGAGUCUCUUCGCUCUAACCUCGCCGCCUACGCGAGCCAUCUGGAUGCCAAUCCCCAGAUUAGCGCGCGCGAUCUGGCGUACACAUUACGUGAACGCAGAUCUGUACUUCCUUUCCGCAUCGCAUUUCCAGACACGACUGUAGAGAGCCUGACGUCCAGCAUUGUAGCCCGAUUAGCAGAGCCUGGUAGUGAGAGCAUUGGCGUACGCACAUGGGCGGCGAACAAGGGUGGACGCUCACGGCUCUUGGGGGUUUUCACCGGUCAAGGAGCGCAAUACGCUCAAAUGGGUGCAGAGCUAGUCAUCCAAACUGUUCUUGCCCGACAGAUACUUGAGAAGCUCGAGAGUUACCUUUCCGAGCUCCCAGAAGGUGACCGCCCAAGUUGGUCUCUGCAGGCUGAGUUGCUUGCCGACGCGUCCGUGUCUCGGGUUGGAGAAGCGGCCAUUUCACAGCCUCUUUGCACAGCAGUGCAAAUCAUCUUGGUCGAUCUCCUGCGGUCGGCUCAUGUGCAGUUUGACACUGUCGUUGGCCACUCAAGUGGCGAGAUAGCAGCUGCAUACGCGGCUGGAUACCUCAGCGCACGCGAUGCCCUCCUCGUUGCCUACUUCAGAGGGCUUCAUUGCAAGCUUGCAGCUAGCCCGAACGGAAAUAUCAAAGGCUCUAUGCUUGCUGCUGGCACGUCAAUGGAAGACGCCACGGAGCUGUGCCAAGAUGAGGAGUUCCUGGGGCGCGUUAGCGUCGCAGCGAGCAAUUCGUCGUCCAGUGUGACGUUGAGUGGCGACGAGGAUGCUAUUGCUGAGAUUGCGGCGGUUCUGGAAGACGAGAACAAGUUCAACCGCCGUCUCAAGGUGGAUACGGCCUAUCACUCAAGCCACAUGUUGCCUUGCUUCGACCCCUAUGUCGCUUCGUUGAGACGCGCGGGUGUGAAGGCGCUGCCAGGCAAUGGCCAAUGUACCUGGAUCUCCAGUGUCUACGAGGGCCGCCCUAUCGAUCCAUCUACCGACGAGCUCAGCGACGUCUACUGGGCACAGAACAUGACGAAGCCUGUUCUCUUCUCCCAGGCUGUCCAGGCAGCCGUUGGAGCAGCCCAAGGCGCUGAGCCUCCUACUGCAGUGCUAGAAGUUGGCCCGCAUGCCGCUCUCGCCGGACCAACCAAGCAAAACAUCCAAGAGGUACUUCAGAAAGAAAUCCCGCACCAUGGAACCCUUGUUCGUGGGGGUAAUGCCAUGACUGCAUUUUCAAGCUGUCUUGGCUUCCUCUGGACUCGUCUUGACACAGCAUCAAUCGACCUCGGCGCUUGCGAGGCCGCUCUCUCUGGCAACAAGCAGCAGUUUACCGUCUUGGGAAAUCUACCCAGUUACCAAUGGAAACAUGAAUCUGCUUACUGGGCUGAAUCCAGAAAGUCGCGGCACAUGCGCUUGCGUGCUCACUCAUUCCACCAGCUUCUUGGAGACGUGUCUCCGGACAGCGCUCCGCAUAUCAUGCGUUGGAAGAACGUGCUCAAGCCAAGAGAGAUGGCCUGGCUCGAGGGACAUCAGGUGCAGAACCAGGUCGUGCUACCGGCUGCUUCAUACGUGUCUACAGCUAUCGAGGCCUCGAAAUUUCUCGCUGGCGGCAAGAACAUCCAGCUCAUCGAGCUGAGCAAUUUCCACAUUCACAACGCCAUCACGUUCGACCAGUCCGACGUCGGUAUCGAAGUGCAUAUUGAAAUCUCCAACAUUUCGGUCCAAGGAAGCCAGGUCCAUGCCAACUUCACCUAUUCUGCCGCGUUGGGAGACGAGACGAGCGAGCUCGCCCUCGCAGCGAAUGGCCAACUCAAGGUUCUCCUGGUCGACGGGACGCCGGACCUUUCACUCUUCCCGCAACGCCAGACACCGCCGCCUCACAUGAUUCCAGUGCAGCCGAGCCGUUUGUACAAUUUCAUGAAGGGUCUAGAGUACGACUUCUCAGGCGCGUUCCAGUCGCUGACCAAGCUCGAGCGAAAGCUGGGAAGCGCAACGUGUCUGGCUCAAAAGGCAAAGGCACUGGUCCCGGAUGCAGAUGAGCUGCUCGUGCAUCCUAUCGACUUGGAUGCCGCAUUCCAGUCAGUUAUGCUAGCUUACAGCUACCCAGGCGAUGACCAGCUACGCCUGUUGCACCUGCCAACCAGUAUAGCCAAGCUGCGCGUCAAUCCCAGCGUUCUCGCGUCCCAGCAAUAUACUGCAAGCAGCAUGACAGUGAUCGAUUCCACGUGCACGACAGCGGACCGGGCGGAGCCUGGAGAGGGAUUCUCGGGCAGUGUCGAUAUGUACGCUCCAGGCUUCGACCAUGCCGCUGUCCAGGUCGACCAGGUGAAAUUCAAGCCUGUUGGCUCGGACGCCAGCAACGACCGCGACGUCUUUUACAAGAUGCACUGGGUCCCUAGCGCGCCUGAUGGAAUGCUCGCUGCGGCCGAUGUGCCCAUACGCAAACAGGACCACGAUCUCAUGUUCGUUCUGAGCCGUAUUGCCGCGUAUUACUUGCGCCAGUUCGACGAGCAGCUUCCCGAGGACGAUCCUGCGCGUUCAACAAGCCCGUUGUGUCACUACAUGAAUUACGCGCGACACAUGACGAAUCUCCUCAAGACGGGGCAGCACAAAUGGGCACAUUUGGAGUGGCUGAACGAUGCAGAGCAGGAUGUAUUGGAUGACAUCGCGGCCAAGGGCUUCAUGGACAACUCCGAUGUCAAGAUCAUGUUACUGGUUGGUGCCACGAUGCCCCGCGUCUUCAGAGGCGAGACGACCAUGCUAGAGCAUUUCCGAACCUCGGGUCUGCUUGACGAGUACUACUCCAACGGGUUCGGUACCAAGCAAUCCACUCUCUGGGUCGCCAGCAUCCUUAAACAACUGACAGACCGCAACCCGCAUCUUAACAUGCUCGAGAUUGGGGCUGGAACUGGCAGCGCAACUAAGACGAUUCUCCACUCUGUUGGGCAUGACUUUGGCAGCUACACGUUCACCGAUAUCUCGUCUAGUUUCUUUGAAAACGCUGCUGAGACGUUUGCCGAGUGGCAGGAUAGUAUGGUCUUUAAGGUAUGCAAUGCGGAGAUCGGUCCUGUUCAGCAAGGCUUCGAGGCUGGCACCUACGACGUCGUCAUUGCAUUCAUGGUUGUUCACGCGUGCGCGAAACUAGACGAGGCGGUCGCCAACCUGCGCAAAUUGCUCAAGCCCGGUGGUCUGUUGGUGCUUGGAGAGGGAGCCAGCGAUGGCGCCAUGCAAGCUGGAGCGGGUUUCAUCUUUGGGACGCUGCCAGGCUGGUGGCGCGGUGUGGAUGAAGGGCGCACGCUUUCGCCGCUGGUAAAUGCAUCGCAGUGGGAUGCUAUUCUCAAGGGCUCGGGCUUUUCGGGCAUCGACACCAUGUCGCCUCCAACGCUUUUCGACGCUUUUGGUAUUACGCUCUUUGUAUCCACCGCUGUGGAUGAUCGCAUCCAGUUUGCUCGCGAUCCUCUUGCGAAUACAAAGGAUACCGUGUACGACACCGUCGUUGUCGUUGGAGGGCGCACGCCAUCUAUCGCUAAGCUCUCUCAGGGCGUCCAGGCGGCAUUGGCCCCAUUGGCGAAGCAGGUCUUGCCAUAUACCUCACUAGAAGACCUGGAUGAGAAGGUAUUUGACGGUGAUGCGGUCAUUGUCAGUCUUGUAGAUCUUGAGGCUCCAGUUUUCAAGGAAAUUACAUCGGAGAGAUGGUACAAGUUCAGGAAGCUGUUUGAGACGAGACGAGAGAUUCUGUGGCUUACGAGCGGCCGUCUGGAGGACGAUCCAUACUGCAAUAUGACGGUCGGCUUUGGCCGGUCUGCAAUGCACGAGGAAGAGACGCUUCGAGUCCAAUACGUAGACGUGGCGAAUGUUGACGAACUCGACGCUCAAAAGGUGGCACAGUAUCUUGUUCGCUUCACCUCGGCUCGUUUGGAUGACAAGGAAAUUCUUUACACCAAGGAGCCUGAAGUCAUCAUUGACGCCUCGGGACAAGAGCUGGUUCCGCGUUUGUUCACCAUUCAGGACGCCAAUAACCGGCUCAACUCCACGACGCGGCCGAUUUUCGAUCAGGUGGGUAUCAGCAAGAACGUCGUCAAGUUGGAGUACGGCAAAGACGGUGCCAACUUCCAACAGCUAUCGCGAUACGAAUUAACAGAGACAACGUCUACCCAGGGUGAACUUACUGAGCUGCGCCUUACCCACUCCACGGCAUCUGCAAUCAGAUGCCCAACUGGCUACCAUUACCUCUUUUUAUUGGAUAUGACACUUUCGGGGCUCAGCUCGACCAUCUUGUGCAACCGAUCUGGCAUGCCAGAAGCUGAUUACCUUGAACUGAUUGGUGCUGAGCUCAGUGCCCUAGCGAUUAUGGAUUCCCUGCUCAUGGGCCAAAAGCUAGUCAUGCACAAUGCUCCGGAUUCUAUCAUUCGAGCUGUUCUCGCCCACGCCGCAUCCAAGGGCGUGCAAGUAACUCUCACAGUGGACUCGCUGGGUACAACCGUGUCGCCAGCCGUCGCCCCGCAGACUCAGGUACCAAUGUUCCCCGCACGCUCGGAUAUCGAGGCUAUCCUGCCGUCUGACCUUGUAUGCUUUGUCGACUUCUCGGCUUCGAGCCAGGCUGAAAAUGUGGCAAUGAUGACUUCGUGUCUUCCUUCUUAUUGCCGGAAGGAGGACCUGAGCACCAUCUUCUCGAAACACGGAGUGGAUACUGGUGCCCCCAAGGCUAUGGUAGGACAGCUUCUGGCAAGGGCUGUCAGCAUGGCCAAGGGACGCGACGUAUCGACUUCAGCUACACCACUGAGCCUCGAGGCACUUGCUCAAGGAGAGCGCCACACAGACGUUCUGACAACCAUUGAAUGGACAGGAUCGUGCACUACAAUUCCUGCACGUGUCACCCGAUUCGAAUCGAACCAGCUGUUCAAGUCUGACAAGACAUAUUGGCUCGUCGGGUUAUCUGGCGCGCUGGGCAUCUCUCUAUGCGACUGGAUGAUUGAGAGAGGCGUGCGCUAUCUUGUUCUGACGAGCCGGAAUCCAAAGAUUGACCCACGCUGGAUCGAAGACCACGAACGGAAUGGCGUUGUCAUCAAGAUCUUGUUAUGUGACGUGACUGAUGAAAAAGCCAUCAGCAAUGUCCAUGCGCAGAUUGUCUUGACGCUUCCUCCUAUUGUUGGGCUCUUGAACGGCGCCAUGGUGCUGAGAGACGUGUCGGUGCGCAACAUGGAGUUUGACCAAGUCACCGAUGUUAUCAGGCCAAAGGUGCUUGGCAGUGUCCAUCUCGAUCGCAUCUUUUACAACAUUGAUCUCGACUUCUUCGUGCUCUUGUCUUCAAUCAACUGCGUCAUUGGAAACGUCGGGCAGGCCAACUACGCUGCGGCCAACAUGGGCAUGAUUGGUGUUGCAGGCAACCGGCGCAAGCGUGGUCUGCGCUCCUCCGUGGUCAAUGUCGGUGCCAUUAUCGGUGUUGGCUACAUUACACAGUCGGAUCGCCAGCUCGAUGUGACGGUAGCAAAGACGGCUAUGAUGCAUUUGUCCGAGCAAGACUUCCACCAGAUCUUUGCCGAGUGCAUGGAGGCAGGGCAUCUCGACAACCCCAAUGGCCCGGAGAUAUCGACUGGGCUACUCCAGAUCACUCCAGACACCAUCGACAUUCCCCCAUGGUACUCGGACCCGAAAUUCUCUCGUUUCCGUGUCUACAAGUCUGGCGGUAAUGGCGACAAGUCGGAAGCGGCAAACUCGGCAUCAACACAGGAGCUCUUGCUCGAGUGCCGCUCGCAGGCCGAUGUUAUAAAUGUGAUUAAGCGGGCAUAUUGCGCGCAGCUGCGCAAGAUGCUGCAGAUAUCCACCGUCGACGACGACCUGAUGAUGAUGCGAGGCAUGGAUCUUGGCUUUGAUUCUUUGCUUUCCGUCGACGUGCGCUCGUGGUUCCUCAAGAACUUCCGCGUUAGUAUCCCGGUCCUCAAGAUCAUGGCGAAUGACGUUCGCAUGUCCAGUUUGGUCGAGUUGGCUGCCGAAGGCAUGCCCGCAGAGCUGGUGCCACAGAUUCAGCAAGCCAGUGUCGUCGACACUCGCCCUUUGACACCCGAUAACGAGAAGGGCGACCUGUCGACCCAAGGCAGCAACGUUGAUACGAUGAGCACCCGCGCUACUUCACCCGACCCCCUGCGCGCUGAGACUCCUGACACAGACUCCAAGGCCAGAUUUGACAGUUCUCCAACGGUGGACUGGGACUUUGAGACCACGCCGCCUGAGCCCUUUACUCUGGACGGGCUCAGCGAUGCUCCUCAACCAAAGGAGAACCCAGAGGUCGUCGUCCUGACUGGCUGCAGUGGUCUUCUCGGCCACCAUCUUCUCAACACGCUUGUGGCUCAAUCUUCAAUCCGCAAGAUCAUCUGUCUUGCCGUCCGACGCCUCAGCUCGCGCAUCGAAAGUGGAGAGAUCCCCGCGCCCAACGACCGCAUCGUCUACUACGAAGGCGAUCUCACGUCUACUUAUUUCGACCUCGACGUUGCUACCUGGACUUCUAUCUUCCGCGAAGCCGACGCCGUCAUACACAACGGCUCAGACACGUCACAUUUGAAGUACUACUCUGCACUGAAGCGCGCAAACGUCGACUCAACCAAACAACUCGUCUCUACAUGUCUCCAGCGCAUGAUCCCACUCCACUACGUCUCGUCAGCAGGCGUAGCCCUCUUCGCCGAGCUCGACGCCUUCCCGCCCGUUUCCUGCACGCAGACAGGCAAGACGCCGCCAGUCGACGGCAUGCACGGCUACAUGUGCGGCAAAUGGACGUGCGAGAAGAUGCUGGAGCGCGUGCAUGCAAAACACGGCUUGCCCAUUGUCAUCCAGCGGCCCUCGACCAUCAUCCGCCACGGCCACGACGCUACCGUCGAGCGCGCGGGUUUCGACUGGGUCAACUCGCUGCUGCACUAUGCUCACAAGACGCAGGCCGUCCCGCGCGUCGAAUACAACGCCGGCGCUUUCGAUCUCGUGUCCGUCGAAACUUGCUGCGAGGAUAUCCUGCGCGAGUUGAUGGUCCGCAGCGGGCGACAAGGUAUCAUGUAUGUGAAUAACGUGGGCGACGUCGUGAUUCCCAUGGCGAGCAUGGCGGAUGUGGGAUUGAGUGCCCGAGGCAAAAAGUACAAGGUGUUGCCCAUGCACGAGUGGACUGCUGUCGUUGUAAAGGCGGGUAUGCAUCCUGCUGUUGCGGCGUUGAUUGAGACGUUUGAUGAGCCGGGGGUGGAAAAGUACCCUGUGCUGCUGAAGUCUGGGGUGUAG